AUGUGCUACUACGGCAACUACUAUGGAGGCCUGGGGUAUGGCUAUAACGGCCUGGGCUGUAGCUAUGGUGGCUAUGGCUGUGGCUGUGGCUAUGGUGGCUUAGGCUGUGGUUACGGCUGGGGCUGUGGCGUAUAUGGCAAUUAUUACAACGGCCUGUGUUAUGGCUGUGGCCAACUAGGCUGUGGUUAUGGCUGUGGCUCUGGAGGGUAUGGAUACAGCUGCUGCCACCCAUCUUGUUGUGGAAGAUUCUGGUCCUAUGGAUUCUACUGA